GUGGAGAAAAGCCUCCAGGGAGAGCUGUGCCGCCCUCCAACCUUCGCCCCUGCCCUCGACUUUUUCCCCACAGCUCAAAAUGGCCGCUGGUGUGGAUUUUGGCGAUCUAGAAUUAUUCGAGGCGUUUGACCCUCAAGAGGAGUCAACCCCGAAGCCAGUUCACACCCGCUUCAAGGACGACGACGACGAGGAGGAGGAGGACGCCGAAGAGAACGGGGUGGGGGACGCGGAGCUACAGGAGCAGCUUCGGCACUGUGAGGAAACCAUCAAGCAACUCCGCGCCGAGAAUCAAGAACUUAAAAGAAAAUUGAACAUUCUGACAAGACCCAGUGGCGUACUGGUGACCAAUACUAAGAUAGAUGGACCCUUAUUACAAAUUCUAUUUAUGAACAAUGCUAUUUCAAAACAAUACCACCAAGAAAUAGAGGAGUUUGUAUCAAAUUUAGUAAAGCGAUUUGAGGAGCAGCAAAAAAAUGAUGUGGAAAAGACUUCCUUCAGCCUUUUACCCCAGCCAUCCAGUGUUAUGUUGGAAGAGGACCAUAAAGUAGAAGAAUCAUGUGCCAUUAAAAGCAACAAGGAAGCUUUCAGUGUUGUAGGAAGUGUCCUGUAUUUUACUAAUUUUUGCCUUGAUAAAUUGGGGCAACCGCUACUAAAUGAAAACCCUCAGCUUACGGAAGGAUGGGAAAUACCCAAGUACCAGCAAGUCUUCAGCCACAUUGUUUCUCUAGAAGGGCAAGAAAUGCAAGUAAAGGCAAAAAGGCCAAGGCCUCAUUGUUUCAAUUGUGGUUCUGAAGAGCAUCAGAUGAAGGAGUGUCCAAUGCCUCGGAAUGCUGCUCGAAUAAGUGAAAAGAGAAAAGAGUAUAUGGAUGCCUGUGGUGAGGCAAAUAGUCAGAGUUUCCAGCAGCGGUACCAUGCAGAAGAAGUAGAGGAGAGAUUUGGACGAUUCAAGCCAGGAGUUAUUAGUGAAGAACUUCAGGAUGCACUGGGUGUGUCAGACAAGAGUCUUCCCCCUUUCAUCUACCGGAUGCGCCAGCUGGGCUACCCUCCAGGCUGGCUCAAGGAGGCUGAACUGGAGACUUCAGGGCUUGCACUGUAUGAUGGAAAUGUAGAUGAUGCUGAUGGAGAAACAGAAACUGGAGAAAUACAGAAUAAAAAUGUCACUUAUGAUCUGUCAAAAUUGGUAAACUAUCCUGGUUUUAAUAUAUCUACUCCCAGAGGUAUUCCAGAUGAAUGGAGAAUAUUCGGUUCCAUACCAAUGCAGGCAUGUCAACAGAAGGAUGUGUUCGCCAGUUACCUUACUUCUAACAUCCAGUCGCCGAGCAUGAAGUCUGGCAGCAAGCGAUCUUCUUCUCAGUCCAGCCCUAAUAGUCCAAAGAAGCAGAGGAAGGAAGGCAGCUCAGCAGCCUCCCCUGCUGACAUGGAAAUUGACUCAGAUACGGAGGUUCCACAUGGUUCUCAGAGCAGCAAAGCCUUUCAGUUUCAACCACCACUGCCUCCUGGCACACCUCCUCCGCUGCCACAGGGAACACCUCCACCCCUCUUUACUCCUCCACUCCCUAAGGGCACCCCACCACUGACUCCCAGUGACUCACCCCAAAUCCGACCCACAGCUUCAGCCAUGGACGAGGACACCCUGACGCUGGAGGAGCUUGAAGAGCAGCAGAGGCAGAUCUGGGCAGCUCUGCAGCAGGCCGAGGGAGGCAACAGCGACUCUGAUGUUCCUGUGGACACACCUGUAACUGGGAAUUCAGUUGCCUCCUCCCCUUGUCCAAAUGAGUUUGACCUCUCUGUUCCAGAAGGAAAGGCCCUGGAAAAGCCAGUGCUGACUGGCCCCCAGGGACCAACCACUUCUGCAGAAACAACUGGACCUGAGCCUCCCUCCAGCCCAGCGGCAGGGGCAGCAGUGCUCUGUCAGAAAGAAGAGGGAGAAGAUACAGAGGGGGACCCUGAAGAUGCUCUUGACAAUGGCAGUGUGUCGAACUGUGCCGUGAGGAAUGGAGGCAGCCAGAAGCUCCUUCAUCUGGGCACCCGCCCCUCAGCAGCUUCAAAAACCCACAGCCUGGUCCCUGACAUGAGCAAGUUUGCCGCUGGAAUAACACCCUUCGAAUUUGAGAACAUGGCAGAGUCCACUGGAAUGUACCUCAGGAUAAGAAGCCUGCUAAAGAAUUCACCCCGAAAUCAACAGAAGAACAAAAAGGCCUCUGAGUGAGCGCUUGCCGCCGUGUCGCCUUCUGCAGGACAGUCUGCAGCUCUGUGUUGUUUUAGUGGACUGAGAUGGCAAGUGAAAUCACUUCCCGUGUGCCCCUCCCACCUUUCAGAAUCUGUCCAUGGUUUUAUUGUGAUCUCAGCUCUAGCCUGUUUCACAGAAUGAAAGACUAGGCGUGAGUUUGCUGUUUUCCUCUCACUGACAACAGCCGAGGGGUGUGUUCAUGAGCUGCUUCAGAGGUGGUUGGUUCGGGUUGAGGAGUUGUGGAUCGUGAGUAUCUGUCCAGAGUGAAGGUUUUUUGUUUUUUUAUUUUUAAUGUCUUUUGUAAAUGUUUUCCCUUUCUACAUUUUGCUAUUAUCCUGUAUAUAGAAACUUAAUAUAUCACUUUUUAAAAGAAAUUCUAACAACUUUAAAUUCACAUUUCAGUUCCAACAACCAAAUGAGAACAAUCAGGGAUGAGCAGCUUUAUCCUGCUUGGGGUAUUUUUGUAAGAUUUUCAUGCAUGAAUUUUAAUAACACUUUUACUUUUUGUAAUUAUUUGAACCAGUAAAGGUGUGCUCACCUUUGUGUACAGAGGUUUAAUAAAUUAGUUUUCUUACACAUGAACCAAGACUUUGGGAGAUGUGACUCACAGUUAAAUUGUUCUUUUAAACUUAGAUGAAGAUGCCGGGCGGUGGUGGCGCACGCCUUUAAUCCCAGCACUUGGGAGGCAGAGGCAGGCGGAUCUCUGUGAGUUCGAGACCAGCCUGGUCUACAGAGCUAGUUCCAGGACAGGCUCCAAAACCACAGAGAAACCCUGUCUCGAAAAACCAAAAAAAAUAAAUAAAUAAAUAAACUUAGAUGAAAUUAUGUGUUUGCCAAGAAACUGCAUGCUUGGCUGCUUUAUAUAAGUGGACCCCAGCCUUACGUAUAAUAUAGAAACAAAAGUGUUUAUUUUGGAAUGGAGGUCAGUUAGCCUUUGUACAAGAUAAUAUUGUGCAUUCAAGCCGUAAGGUAAUAGACAGACACAAACUGAGUGUGACUGUCUACUACGCAAGCAGGAGCCGGAUCUGGUUCUCUCAGUGCUGUUGGUCAAGCUCAGGAACACUUGGAGAUCUUGAAUUACCACUCAUGUACUGUUGUUACUCUGCUCCCAGGCCAACAGAGGGCGAAAGGGAAUCAUUCUGGACUCAGUGUUCAUCUCUGAGAACUUGCAUAGUCCAGUUCACUGAUUUGUAAGCAGUAAAGGAAGGAUGCUCACAAGAAAGGGUGAAUGAGGCCAUGCUGGAAUAAAUGUUGAAUGCUUUGAGCUUUUUUGUUAUCUAAGUUUUAAGUGAAUUCUUCCCAGGGGUUUAUGUGGCAUUGUGAUCGGUAAGAGUGUCAGCCUUUCUAUCAGCCCUGCCCCAAGGAAGAAGAUGAGGGGUCUUGUCAACACUGAAUGUGUUUUCCUGCUCUCCUUUCUUUUAAAGUAGGAGCUUGCUGUAUAGUCCAGGCUGGCCUUAUUCACCGUCUCCCUGCUACUAACUGCCUUACUGCUGGGAUUACAGGCAAGAUGACAUAGCUCUUUACAAAAAUAAAAAACCACAUUUACUGGGGCAGAGGGGACCUUCCUUGGCAGGCAUAUGGGGUUGGGAGACAGUGGUUGGGGGUCCGUGUUCUCUUCCCACUACUGUUUGUCUUCAUCAAGCAUGGCUGACAGGUCAAGCACCUUGACCUGAUGAUCCAGUUCACCAGCCUGAUCUUCCUAACUCCUGAUUAAAGGUGUGCACCACCACUCCCAGUUGCCUGGGAUCCAGCCCAGAGCCUGUGUGUGUGCUAGGCAAGCGCCCUACUGACCACACUGCUUCCCCGGCCCUAGUGACAUGACUCUUGACCAAGUCAAGAGUCAUUAUGAUUUCUGAGUCAUAAAUGACUGUUUAUUCCAGUGCAGUGGCUCGUGCCCGGAAUCCUAGCACUUCGGAGGGAGGCUGGAGGAUCAGGACCAGCCUUGGUUACAUAGCAAGUUAAGUUAGCCUGAGCUACAUGAGAUCCUGCCUCAAAAAAAAAAAAAAAAAAGCUUAAGUAUUCCUUUAACUAUUAUAUUACUGGUAUCCUCCUGUAUUGAGGUAGCGCAACAAUUAUUUCUAGCCCAUAAAUACCCCAUUAAAGUAUGGAUUACUCCAUUUUCACUUUGUUGAGUAGGUAUUGUCUUUUUUUUUAAAAAAUAAAUGUCUAAGACAUAGAUGGUAAGCAAC